CUAUUUACUAAUUACUAGUAAAAUCAGACAUUAUAAGUGAUAAGAGAAUUACAUUUUAUAAUUACAAUUUCACCAAAAAAAAGAAUAAUACAUAAAAAUUAGUUAUGAAAGCUCUUAUUCAACGUGUACUAAAUGCCAAUGUUACAGUCAAUGGUGAGCUAGUUAGUAAUAUUGGACAAGGAUUAUGCAUCUUUAUAGGUAUAUCAAACACUGAUACCAUUAAGGAUAUGGAGUUUAUGGCCCGUAAAUUACUUUCUUUAAAACUAUUUAAUGAUGAAACAGACAAGAGAUGGAAAAGAACUGUUGUGGAUGCAGAAUUAGAAUUGUUAUGUGUUAGCCAGUUUACCUUAUAUAAUACAUGGAAGGGAAAUAAGCCAGACUUCCACCUUGCAAUGCCAGGAGAUAGAUCAAAAGAGUUUUAUGAACAGUUUUUAGAAUUGUUAAGAAGUCAAUAUAAACCAGAAAAGGUUAAAGAUGGCGUUUUCGGAGCGUAUAUGCAAGUAUCGAUUCAAAAUGAUGGACCUGUUACAUUAGAAAUUGAAUCACCUCCCAUCAGUGAAAAGUCAAAAACAAAGGACAAACCUAGACAAGCUAUAAGUGAAAUAGAAAAUGAUGAAAGAUAGUUUAUAGAACUGAAAAGUUGUAGUUUUUUAUUGUACAUAAAAUAUAUGAAUACUGAUAA